AUGCUUAGAGACCAUCAUUUUGGCAGUCUUGGUCCGCUCAUGCUUCUGCAAGCAACAAUGGGACAACAACAACAAUUUAAUGCAACGGGACAAGAAGACGAUGUAGUUACUCAAGGCCUUUUUAAUUGGAUAGGAAGAGGUCUCAAAUACCUCUUUCCCGGUAUUCUUGGAGGUGCAGUUCAAGGAGGCAUGGACUACUACGCAAAUAAACAUUGAUAACAAUGAUACUAAGCAAUUCCGACAGUAUUCUGUUGAGUUAGAACAGAAGAAA